AAGAGGUUUCGGAACGGUACCCACUUUGGAGCCGUCGGUCGUCAGCCAAUGCGCAGUCGGCCAACGGGAGCACGUCGCGUCCUCAUGUCCACCGUUGCCUGCCGAUCCGAGUUGCCGUUGAAGCCUGCGAACCGCCGUCUUUUGGCGCCUCGGAGUCCACCCGCAGCGCCCCUACCAGCGCGCAUCCUUAGUUUCAGCUCUUCAAACUGA